UUUUAUAUAGCCCUGAUCAAAUCGACAGCUUCCAAUCUCCCGCUCUCACUUUCAUCCUCAGUCCCGUCUACAAUCCAUGGCGGAUCUCCUCCUCUCCGUCGGCCAGCCUCUCGAAUCCGUACCGGAGUCCUACAUCCGGCCGGCGUCCCAGCGACCGAACUUCGCCGCCGUCGAGAUCGACGGAAACAUCCCCAUCGUUGAUCUCGGAUCCCCUGAUAAAUCCCUAAUCGUUGCCCAAGUAGGUCAAGCGUGCCAAUCUUAUGGUUUCUUCCAGGUAGUGAACCAUGGUAUUUCAUCCGAAUUGAUUCAGCAGAUGCGAGCCAUUGGGAACGAAUUCUUCCACCUUCCGGCGGAGGAGAAGUUGAGACUCUAUUCCGACGAUCCGGCUAAGAAGGUUCGGUUGUCGACGAGCUUCAAUGUGAAGAAGGAGACGGUGCAUAACUGGAGGGAUUAUCUCCGGCUUCACUGUUACCCCCUUGAGGAGUACUUAUCGGUCUGGCCUUCCAAGCCUUCGGCCUUCAGGGAAGUGGUGAGCAAAUACUGCACGGAAGUGCGCAGACUUGGUUUCUUCCUCCUCGGCUUUAUCUCUCUGAGCCUUGGCCUGGAGCAGGACUAUAUUAAGGAAGUUCUUGGCGAACAAGAGCAACACAUGGCUAUAAACUAUUACCCUCCUUGCCCUGAACCAGAGCUCACUUAUGGUCUCCCUUCCCAUACUGAUCCCAACGCCCUCACCAUCUUGCUCCAAGACCCACAAGUUGCUGGCCUGCAAGUCCUCAGAGCCGGCAAGUGGAUCGCCGUCGGUCCCCAUCCCAAUGCCUUUGUCAUCAACUUAGGCGAUCAAUUGCAGGCCCUGAGCAAUGGUAAGUACAGAAGCGUUUUCCAUAGAGCAGUGGUGAAUUCAGAGAAGGAGAGAUUGUCAGUGGCUUCCUUCCUCUGCCCAUGUAACAGUUCAGUGAUUGCACCAGCCAAGCAGCUCACAGCCGAGGACUCGCCGGCGAUCUACAGGAGCUAUACCUAUGAUGAGUAUUACAAACAGUUUUGGGCAAGGAAUUUGGAUCAGGAACACUGCUUGGAGCUUUUUAGAAUUUAGGCUUCGUUUGGAAUGACUUUCUGAUUACCUUUUAAAAUAGCUUUCUAGUACAAAAAUUAAAAUUUUGGUAAUAGAAAGCUGAUUUAAGAAGCAGUAAGAAAGUCGUCCUAAACAAAGCCUUACUUGUAUUCAUCUUCUUUUUCAUUUAGGUUUUGUUUGGGACAGCUUUCUUGUUGCUUUCUAAAACAACAUUUUAGUAUAAAAAGCUGUUUUCGAAAGCAAUAAAGAAGCCGCCCCAAACUAAACCUUAGUAUAACUUAAGCUGCUUCUUAAUCGCAACCCAUUUGAUGAACUGAUGCAGUCAAUUGGUCUUAUUCACCGCUGUUUUGUAAUAAUUCAUGUAUUCUUCUGCGAGGAAGAGAUUGCACAGGUCGUCAUUUUUCUUAGAUCACUAUUGUAUUAGCCAAUAAAAUUGCCAAGGCAUCCAUUUGAUCUAAAGAGAUAUUUGAUCUCAAA